AUGAGGAGUCAGGGAUUGGUCGCGCACAAGACGUCUCGAGCAGGGGGAGCGGCGAAUCUCAAGGCUCCGUUAAAAGAGCUCUUCGUUUGCCGUUACGAGGACGUGUUCAAUGGACGUAGCCCGAUCAGCACGUGCAGGGAGAAAGGGUUCGAAGGACGGCAGGAGCUGCAACGAUUCUGGGACGAACUUCUCCUUUUAAAAGUGAACGACGCUUAUCUUGCACAGUGCAUCUCGUCCAUCCCCGAGGAUCGCCUUAUUGGCCCUCUCAAGCCCACCAUCAACGAGAUCUUCUCUGCCUGCCUCAGAUAUCUGAGCGACGUUAAUUUCAUUCGAGUGGCACAUGCGCUUGAAACCCUAGCCGUCUUUCUGAGGGAGAUUUUCAAGAAGAGGUUUGCGGAGCAGACGUUCACUAUAAUCACACUUGUUGCAGGCAAUGCGGACAGUGGGGAUGCUUAUUUUAAGAAGCUUAUAUGCGAUGUCUCUGGCCUCCUCACAGGGGAGAACGUGCCAGUGCUCAUAAAGGCACUCGGGACCAGGCUCUUCCUCGUGCUGCUCACAGCCACAGACAACGUGAACGCCAACCCAGUCGCCUCCUACCUCCUCCUCCACCCCAUCACGGACCCCCUCCUCUCCCUCCUCACCCUCUCCCCUCCGCACCACCGCCAGCGCCUCGAGUUUGACACCUCACUCGUCCUCCUCCUCCUGCUGCUCUGGCGAAGAGCUUCCAACCCCUAUGCGGAUAGAGUCGCCUCUUCAGCCAACGCGCCCCUGGUUCCCCUGCUGCAUACUAUUCACUCGCUGCUCUCGCUUUCCCAGGAGCCUGGGCAGGGGAGUGGGGGGAUGGCGGGGGCAGCAGGGGGAGCAGGCGGAGGGGGAGCGGCGGGGGGAGGGGUGGGAGGAGGAGGCGGGGCGGGGGGAACAGAAGGGGGGAGUUUAGGAGGAAUUAGCUCUUAUUUGCCUUCUAUGGGUCUGAUUUCGUCUCAGGCGUCAUCAGCUUUGUCUGUAGUGGCCUUUGCCACGUCAGCAGCCACCCAGGCACUGUACAGUUAUGCGAGCACGGCUAUAGGGGGGAUAGCGAGCGGGAAAGGGCUGGGGGAGCUACCCCCUAUAACGAGUGUGAUUGUAGAGAAGUUCACGGAGAGAGGGAGCGGAGCAGGGGAGGUGGAUGGUCAGUGGGCGUAUGGGACGGGAGGGGGGGAGAUGGAUGAUCAGUGGGCGUAUGGGACCUGCGGGGUGCUGCUGCUGAAUUUCCUCGUCGCACUCAACCCCACUGUAUUUCCUCAUGGGGCCCAGCAAGUCGCUCUCCCUCCUGUGGGGCAACGUCCUUUGCCUGCUGCUGCUGUCAACACUCGUCCUACCCACUCAUCCACACUCCCUCUGCUUCUCCAUAUCCCCUCCACUCCACUACAGCGGUGGCUGCAUGAGGGCUUCAUUCUGUGGCCGCACGAGGGUUUCAUUGUGGGCCCCGGCAAGUCGCUCUCCCUCCUGUGGGGCGACUGCCUGCGCCUCCUGCUGCUCACGUGCCGAGAUGCCUUUGACCCACACGCCCUGCAAGGGGAAGGGGGGCUACCAAGAGCUAAGGUUCUCUUCCUCCUCGCCCGUCUGCUGCUAGAGGAGCGGCAUACAGCCGAGUUUCUCUUCAGAUGCGACCCGGCCACCUUCCUCAUGCACUCGCUCGAGCCUCCCAGCCCCUCAUCACCUGCCAUGUCCCCGCGUUCCCCGCGCACGCCAUCCCACCCACGCUCCUCCAUGUCCCACGCAUUCUUCAACAUGGGAGUAGCGGUCCUCUCCCUCCCCCUCCCCCCCACGCCCGCACCCACCCAACCCUCCUUCAACACACUCCCCCCCUCCGUCUCCCACACCUCCACCAACCCCUCCUCCUCCUCCUCUUCCUCCUCUCAACCCUCCUCCUCCGCCCACUCCUCACUCUCCUCCACGCCCUCCUCCUCCUCGCAACCCGCCCCCUCAAUGGACCCAGACGCGCUAGUGAGGGCAGCGGUGGUGGUGUCGCUGGUGCUCAACUUCGCCCGCACCAAGGGGGUGGCGCUGAGCACGGCAACAGUGGACUGGUUCGGCCUCUGGCGGUCGCUCAUUCGGAUAUGCGACUGGUGCCGCGCAGACAGCAACUUCCAGCGCCCAGGGGUGCCAGAGGUAGCGGAGAUAUCAUUGGGUCUGCUGGAAGCAUGUGUGGGCGCGGGGGCAGACCUGGUGGGCGGGUCGGGGAUUCACUCCGGAGGGAGCAGCGUGGGAGCGGGCGGGUGUGACGAUCUGGAGAUGCUGCACGCGCUGCUGCUGGCGCACAUGGGGGUGUUUGAGGGGCUACAGGCAACAGCUGAGAGAAUUACGUUUGGGGCGGCGGCUAAAGUGUCCAUCACUGGAGGGAUCACUCUGGUGAACAUCAAGGAGUUAAGAGACCACUAUGAGGUGCAAGCAGCAGGCAUGGGCAUGCGGCUGGGCAGCAUAACAGAGGAGCAAGCGCUUACGGUGAUUCGGAAAAAAGGCAUGACUGGACUCAAGGUGAAGCCACGUCAUGUGGGCCCCACACACGUGUACUCGGAGGGCACUGCAGAGCUCCGGAUUCUCACUGCUGCCACCCGGCUGCUGGUGGUAUACCACCGGAGAAACUUCUGGUCGCUGCUGCCCAAGCUGGAGCUUGAGAAUUAUUGA